AUGGCGCAGGCCGCGCCCGCGACCCAACGCACCCACUCCUUCGCCAAGAAGACCUUCCACAAGCCCACCUACUGCCACCACUGCUCAGAUCUGCUGUGGGGGCUCAUCGGGCAGGGCUACGGCUGCGAAGUGUGCAACUUCAUUGUACACGAGCGGUGCGUGGGGUAUGUGGUGACGCCGUGCUGCGGGGUGGCGCCGAGCCUCAUCAAGAACCCAGUAGCUCACUGCUGGUCAGAGCCAACACACCACAAACGAAAGUUUUGUACGGUGUGUCGAAAGAGGCUCGAUGAACUGCCAGCUUUACAUUGUAUGAUAUGCGAGUACUACGUCCACGGAGAGUGCGUGGACUUCGCAGCGGCGGACUGCAAGGAGAAUGCGACGUACUGCGCGGGCAGCGAGCCGCGCCAUGUGCACCACUGGCGUGAGGGCAACCUGCCCGCAAACUCCAAGUGCAUCGCCUGCCGCCGCACUUGCUGGUCCACGGAGUGCCUCACCGGCUACCGCUGCGAGUGGUGCGGCAGUACGUGCCACGCCGGCUGCCGUGCACUGAUACCAGAAGAAUGCAACUUCGGCGCUCUACAGCCGAUCUUUCUGCCGCCGUCUGCGGUGUCGAUCCCGCGGACGGAGGUGCCGAUGGAGGCGAUCAUCGGCGUGCACGUGCGCCCGCCUCCAUCCCAGCGGGACUUCGGAUGCCCGCGGCGGCGCGGCGGCUGGGCGCCGGCGCGGCUCGUGACGCUGGCGCGCCGCCUGCUGCCGGCCGCCUGCAGCCCGCACGGAGGCGCGUCCCCGCCCUACUCCCGAGCUCGAAGCGUGAGUGAGGAGUUCAGCUCAGGCUGCGAGGGCCGCUCGGGCUCCGGUGGCGGUUCCACCGGCGCCCCCGCCGAUCAAGACCACCGCCCCGACCACAAACAACACCGCGAUCGCACUCCAGAUGAUAGAGAUGAAGAGGUAGUAAAGGUGUACGACGGCGAGGCGGCCUGGUCCCGCCGCCUGUAUCGGCCCGUGGUUGUGGGGCGCAACUUCAGUGAGCGCGAACUAGUGGCGGCCGCAUUGCGAGCCUUCCACGUGGCGCGCGAGCCCGAACAGUUCGAGCUAACUGACGCGCUGGCCGGCGACGAACCGCCACUGCGGGACCCGACACCGCUGGCGCGCGUCACACGCCUGCCCAAUAAGAGACCCGCACUCUUCCUACGCUUCAAGGAGCCGGAGACGGGCGGCGGCGAGGUGCGCGUGUACCCGGGGCGCGUGGCGGGCGCGGGCGACUCCUUCGUGACCGUGCCGUGCGCCGGCGACCACACCGUGGCCGACCUCAUGGCGGCCGCCCUCGAGCGCUUCGGCCUCGACCCCGCGCACGCCACGCUCGACUACCGCUGCUCCGAGAUACUGCUCGACCGCGGAGUGUCGGAGCGCGUGCUGCAGGAGCAGGAGCGGCCGUGGCGCAUCCUGGUGCGGCUGGCGCGCGAGUCCGUGCGGCGCAUGGAGCUGGCGCGCUUCUACCUGCAGCCGCGCCGCGACCCGCACGGGCCCACGCUGGCACUGUUCGUGGCCUCGCUGCCGCCCGGCCUCUCCGAGCGCAACUACGAGAACAUCCUGGUCGAGUUCCUGGGCGCCGAGAACAAGUUCACAUCAAUCGGCCCGAUCUACUAUGAGUAUGGAUCCAUGGUGAUCACAUAUGAGGACGCUAGCAAGGCAGUGCGCGCCCUCUACGCACUCCGAGAGGCCAAAUAUGAAGAUAAGCAUUUAUUAGUGUUGCUGUUACCCAGCAUUGAACCAUCGAUGGUGCCAUCCGGCGUGAAGCCGCUGCUGGUAUUCGUGAACGUCAAGUCUGGCGGCUGCCAGGGACUUGAACUUAUUUCUUCCUUCCGCAAACUCCUCAACCCCUACCAGGUGUUCGAUCUGGAGAACGGAGGACCAUUACCUGGGUUGUAUGUGUUCCGCCACAUCCCCAACUACAAGAUCCUGGUGUGCGGCGGCGACGGCACCAUCGGCUGGGUGCUGCAGUGCCUCGACAACGUGGGGCAGGACUCGCAGUGCUCCAACCCGCCCUGCGCCAUCGUGCCUCUCGGCACCGGUAACGACUUGGCGCGCGUACUACGCUGGGGCUCAGGCUAUACUGGCUGCGAGGACCCGCUGUCACUGCUGCGUGACGUCAUCGACGCGGAGGAGAUCCGCCUCGACCGCUGGACCGUGGUCUUCCACCCUGAAGACAAGCAGGACGAGCCCAAGGAGCUAUCUAAGCAACUACCUGGCUCACAGAGCGAGGAUAACUCCCAAAUUCUCGUCAUGAAUAACUACUUCGGCAUCGGCAUCGAUGCCGACCUUUGUCUUGACUUCCACAACGCUCGUGAAGAGAAUCCUAAUAAAUUCAACAGCAGGCUGCGCAACAAAGGCGUGUAUGUCAAAAUGGGCCUACGUAAGAUGGUGGGGCGCAAGAUGUGCAAAGAUCUCCACAAGGCCGUUAAGCUCGAGGUGGACGGCAAGCCCGUCGACCUCCCAGCCGUUGAAGGCAUCAUCAUAUUGAAUAUUCUUAGUUGGGGUUCUGGAGCAAAUCCAUGGGGUCCGGAGAAGGACGACCAGUUCAACAAGCCUAACCACUGGGACGGUAUGCUGGAGGUGGUGGGCGUGACUGGCGUUGUUCAUCUCGGACAGAUCCAGUCUGGUCUGCGCGGCGCUAUGCGGAUAGCACAGGGCGGGCACAUAAAGAUCAACCUGCGCAGUGAGAUCCCGGUGCAGGUGGACGGCGAGCCCUGGGUGGCGGCACCCAGCGAGGUGGUCGUGCUCAAGUCUGCGCUGAAGGCCACCAUGCUGAAGAAGCGCGGCAAGGUGCGGCGGCGCAGCACGGAGCCGGCGCUGGCGCCCGUCGCCGUCCCCGGGGCCGCCGCCGGCCCCCCGGGCCCCCCGGCUCCCGCCGGCCCCGGGGCGCCCCCGGCCCCCCCGCCGCCGCCGCGCGCUCCUCCGGACUCCUGA